AUGUACAUCCCUCCCUUCAUGUGGAGAUGGCACAGCCCUCGGUACCUUGGAGGCGCGCACGGUGUCGCUGGGAUCCUCCAUAUGCUCGUGCUAGCGCCGUCAAGCAUCAUUCAUCCGCACCGGUCAGACAUCGUCGGAAUGGUCGAAUGGCUGCUUGCUAUUCAGGAGCCGCUCUGGAACUGAGCUUCAAACGCUGGAAGGCACUUGUGUCACGUCGUUGGCGGAACAGCGAUAAGCACAGAGGCGAAGCGCGUGAGCAUCGGCGAGGAUGAUCGUCACGAGCUGUUGCAGUGGUGCCAUGGCGCCCCCGGCGUGCUCAUGCUGC